AUGGUUAAAGUUGGUAUAAUCGGAGGCACUGGACUAGAGGAUCCUCAAAUUUUGAGCAAUCCAAAGUCGGUGGUCGUCGAGACGCCGUAUGGAAGUCCCAGCGACGCGCUUCUUGAAGGUUUUUUUGAAUUGAAUUUUGGUUGAAGGCAAAUUGUUAGGCACGAUAAAUGGCGUCGACUGCGUUCUUCUGGCCAGACACGGCCGCAAGCACGACAUCAUGCCUGGCAACGUGAAUUACCGAGCCAACCUCUGGGCUCUUUAUUCGCUCGGUAACUUUUUCUGGUUUUCCGUUCAUCGAUAAAACCUUUUCGAGUUGUCUGAAGGGCUUACAGACCUUGAAAAUGUGAUUUUUUUUUUUCUAUAACUGGACGAUAUGAAAACUCAGGCGUCGACGUCAUCAUUGCGUCGACAGCUUGUGGCUCGCUCCAGGAGCACGUCAAGCCUGGACAACUCGUUUUUCCGGAUUCUGUUUUUGAUCGGUGAGAAAAAUUGAACAAUUUAUUUUUUCAUCGACUAAAUCCAACCAACUUUCCAGUACAAACGGUAGAAAAAGCACGUUUUUCGAUGGCAGUCAUGCCGGAGCGCCUGGCGUCUGCCACAUUCAGUCCUAUCCGACGUAUAACGAACAACUCCGACAGGUGAAUUUCGCUCGAAAGCGGAAACUACGUUUUUCUUCUCGUCUACAAUUUGUGUAAAUUAUUUACUGAAACAAUAAAAAGCUCUUCACUUCGUGAGUCAACAGUCGCGAAAGAUUGAUUUUUAUAUUUAAGAACCUUGGAAGCCUUUGAAGCUCGCUCCAAGCAAAAAUUAUCUUCAUUGAGCCUUUUUGUGCAGUCUUUAGACGGUAUUUUAAACAAUUUAGUUUUGUCCCAAUUCUUUGUCAAAACGGAGUAAAGCCCCAACAUUUUCUCAGCUGAUGGUGACUUCGGCGAAAAGCCUCGACAUCGACCACCACGCCAACGGAUUCGGCGUCUGCAUCGAAGGGCCGCGGUUCUCGACGGUCGCCGAAAGCAACGUUUUCCGUUCUUGGGGGGCCAGCCUCGUCAACAUGACCAUGAUGCCGGAGGUCUCUAGAUCCAAAAAGUAUCUUCGAAAGGGGGUUUUCCAGUGCAUACUGGCGAAAGAGCUCGGAAUACCCUACGCGACGAUGGCGUUGGUGACUGACUACGACUGCUGGAAGGAGACGACUCACGUGAGAUUUAUAGAUUCCUGGGUUUCCCUAAGAAGGAGGGAAGUAGCCAAGCGAAUCAGGGAACUUCAAUCCUCGUGAAAUUCGUAAAAUGUUUUAAUUCGAGCUUUUAUGAUCUUCCUGGCUUCGGACCUUUUCACUGAAUAGCAGAACAAGUUGUGAAUCAAGAGAGCUCUUUCUAAUGUAUCUUCAAGGUGUCGAUCGACCUCGUCAUGGAGACCUUCCACGAGAACGUCGGCAAGGCGAAACGAUUGUUCAUAGACGUCGUCGCUCGAAUCUCUGACGUCGACUGGACACCAGAAGUCGCCCGAAUGAAGGUCGGACAGUUCUUUUUAUUGUUAAUUAGUCAAAAUGUCAAUUAAUUAUUAAAAAGGAAGAAAUAAAACCAUAAGUGGCAAUUUCUUGCAAAAGCAGUUAAACAUUCCUCACAGAGGAAAUUAUUUGAGACGUUAUUGACUUUUUUUAAAGAUUAUUUAUCAAUCACCUUUUAUAGUUAAUUCGUUACGAAUGAAUUGAAACUGUCUGACCAGCCUGCGCUCUCUUUUUCUCACCUCUGAGGUCAUAAUUCACAAAUCUUGUAAACGCGAAACGGAGGAAAAAGUGGGCGCAGUGUAAUCAGCCUGUUUUUUUAAAUUCGUAGCAAUUAGAUUUUCGAAAAAAAAUCUCUAAAAUUGUUCAAUUCCUAAAAUGUUGAGCUCUAUUGUCUUUUGCACUAAUCGUAGUAUCAGCGAAAGGUCGAGUAAAUAGAAAAGAUAAGGAAGCAAAGAAAUGCAAAGAUCUUUGUAUCUCAUUCAUCGCUGAGACGCGAUUUAGUAGCAGUCUUCACAAAGUUGGCAAAAAAACUAUUUUUUGUAACGAAGGCUAGCGAAGACUAGAGUAAACAAAAUUUCGAGCUUGUGAUUUCAGAAAGAAGCGCGAGACUCGAUAAUGAUUCCAGCGGAUAUCGUCGUACCUCAUCUGCAGUCCUCCUAA